CAGUUGAGAACACAGAGAAUAAGAGCAAAGUUCUUCGUCCGUAUAAUGAGUGAAACACAAAGUGAAAAAACGCAAACGCACGAGAACGAGUUUGCAAUCGCUCGUCAAAUGUGAAAAAUGAAACACUCGAAAUCCUCGCAAACACGAAGAAAAUCAACAGGUGAGAAAGUACAAUACACCGAUUGCCUAUUUAUCAGUUCCAACUACGUCAUUGGAUUGUAAGAGGCUGAAGAGAUCUCUGGAUCGAAUCUUGGGAGAGAUUGCGAUAACGCGGUAUAGUAAAACCUCAUUGAAUCGCGCGUCUUCGCGAAAAGCGAAAAGAUCUUCGAUCGAAUACAAAGGAUCGGGAACAAAGGGAGAAGGGAGAAGGGAGAAGAAACCAGGAAUUUUUUUGGCAAUCUGCGGAUACACCCACUUGGAAUGCUAACAGCUGUAAUAUCGCACGUUGCGUCGAUCCGUCUUCGGAAUUUGUCAAGUGAGCCGCAUUCGACCUCGGAACAUUUCGAAUCGGAGAUUGAGAUCGCGUGAGGAGAUCGAGUAAGUGAAUGAGAACGGAAUGAACGGAAUGAACGGGAUAAACGGUAACGUGCCGAAAAUGAGCGACAAAUCGUCGUCGUCGCCUGACUGCGGGGAAGAGCAGAAGCUGCUGCCGACCACGCCGACGACGCCGAUGAUUCUACAAGUGACGAAGAAUCCAUACUCGUACUCGUCUUUCAGGAGCCGAUACCGGGCUGGACCGACGCGGAAGCUGCGUCGUCGCGCCGUCCUGAAGAACGGCGACUGCAACGUACUACAAUCGCGCAUCUCCAGGCGAUCGCUGCGCUUCUUGCAGGAUAUUUUCACGACCCUGGUAGACACGCAAUGGCGUUGGACGCUGAUGUGCUUCAUCUUGAGCUUCUUUUUGUCCUGGCUGGGCUUCGCGGUGAUCUGGUGGCUAAUCGCCUUCACUCACGGUGACUUCGAGGAACGUCAUCUGCCGCCUUACCAGGUGGAAAACAACUGGACGCCCUGCGUUUACAACAUCUUCAGUUUCACCAGUUGCUUCCUCUUCAGCAUCGAGACCCAACACACCAUCGGAUACGGCAGUCGCUCCACCACCGAGGAAUGCCCCGAGGCGAUCUUCGUCAUGUGCAUUCAGAGCAUCGCCGGCGUCAUGAUCCAGGCGUUCAUGGUGGGCAUCGUGUUCGCCAAAAUGACACGCCCGAAACAACGCACCCAGACCCUGCUGUUCUCGCGGAACGCAGUGAUCUGUCAACGGGACGGUGAGCUCUGCCUCAUGUUCCGCGUGGGCGACAUGCGGAAGAGUCACAUCAUCGGCGCGACCGUUCGCGCUCAGCUGAUCCGUAACAGAACCACGAAGGAGGGCGAGAUCUUGUCGCAGAACCAGCAAGAACUGAUAGUGGGCACCGACGGCCAGAACGGCGACCUGUUCUUCAUCUGGCCAACCACCAUCAUCCAUCGGAUCAACGAGGAGUCACCCUUUUACAACAUGUCGGCCGAGGACAUGCUGACCGAUCGUUUCGAGGUCGUGCUGAUCCUCGAAGGUACCAUCGAGUCCACGGGACAAACCACACAGGCCAGGUCCAGCUAUCUUCCGCAGGAGAUCCUCUGGGGCCAUCGAUUCGACCCCAUGGUGAGCUACUCGAAGGAACGGCAGGGCUACGAGGUGGAUUACUCGCUGUUCGACAGCACCACUCAGGUCGACACUCCGUUAUGCUCCGGCAAGGAACUCGCCGAAUUCUACAGGGUGCAGGACGAUCUUCGUCAUGGAACCGGUGUCCUGAUCGGCGAGAACUCGCUGGAGCGACUGUGUUGCUGUCAACCGACCAUCCAGAUCAACCGACGUUUAAAAGCGUCCCUCGCACCCUUGGACACACCAAAGAGUCAUGAGGACAGCGCAGAGGACGAGCAGAGUUCGCGAAAUGCCAAAGUUCAACCAAGCUCGAACUAUAACUCGCCUGGGCCUCAAAUCGCAAAUAUCGAAUCGCCGAGGGUGUUUGAUUUCGACCCCAACGCUAUUCAAGUGAUGGACGAUGUGGAAUUUGAACAUCUGCCGGAAGCAGUGAACCGAGAAAUCUUGAAAAACAGCCGAGAGAUCAUCUUCGAGAAUGAAGAAGAUGGAGUUUCACGGAGGGCCCCGAUAAAACUGUACCAAGAAAAAAACAAGACUCCGAGAAGCAGCCGAGAGAUUAUUCAUGAAGAGGAGAGAAGAAACGUCCCAAUGCAGAGAUCCUUGGGGAGAAAUAUAAUGAGAUUAAACGCGAGAGAUGCCUCCAAAAUUUACAAGGAAGAGAUAUUACCUCUCGUGAAAAUUGAGGAAAAUCACGAAGGCAUUGGAAAUGCUUUACAAGAACCCGGCAGAAGAUAUAAGAUAAAGAGUAAGAAGGAUUACAAUAUGUACUUUGAGAGGAAGUUAGGAAUGCAAAAUCGGCGAUGUCACAUUGCACCGCUAAAUCGAGAUCAGAAGGUGUCGCAGACAGAUUUCUUCUUAAACGUAGAAAAAAAGUCUAUGAGAAGACUCAAUAGAAAUCGCAGGGACGAUGCCUUUGUAAUAAAUGAUGAAAGAUUCUUGAAGGAAUCCGACAGAAACGCGAUCGAUCAGCUCGCCGUUUCACCAAAUCGCGAUCAAAAGAUCCACCUUUUCUCAAACAAGGAGCAAGAGUCUUCUAUCGAGUUUAAUAGACACUUAAUCGACGAUCCUUUCGCGACGAAUAACGGAGGACCCUUCAGGGGACCCAAACGAAAUGCAAUCGACAUGCAGAAUUACGAAAUGUGUCUCGAGGAGAGAUCGGAAAUGUACGAUCCCUUCUUAAACAAGAAACAGGAUUCUUCGAACAACGAACGAGCCUUCGAGCAGCCAGAAACAAUCGCGAUCAACAACAUGAAAUAUAUCAAGAUGCUAGAGGAAGGUGAAGAAUCCUCGGAAAGGUCAUUGACGUUGAAUCGACGAUUGAACUACGAUUCUCCUCAGCGGGAAAAUGACCAUCGGCUGAAACUAUACGACAAGAUCAGAAUCGAAAACGAGAAGAGGAGACCUGCCAGCCAUCUCGCCAAGAUAAUAAUACAGCGCAAAUUUCAUCCUGCUGGUCAUCCUCGAUCAUUGGGAUCUCCGUUCUCCGAUCUCUCGCCAGAAUCGGGCUUUUGCGAAGGGAAUUUAUCGAACUUGAGCCCGGAGUGCGACCGAAGGGAACCUCGCUUGACUUCAAGGAACAGGUUCGAAGACGUCGAUGUGAUAAAAGGAGACAGCAGUUCAUCGGAAAACAACUUGUCGCAAAAGAAUGGGCUUGGUAUUCCGGAAGAGUGUGUUCAAGUGCCAAUCGUUGAAGUAUCUAGCUACCUAUGUGACAAUAUUCAGAUCGUUGACGAGAGUAGGACUUCUUCACACAGCAAUCUCUCUCAAAAGCGCUUCGUCGAAGAUGAAGAUGACAUUUCAGUGAAGUGUGUGAAAAGUCGGAUUGUCGAAAUGUCUUCUCGUAUAUGCGACAGUGUCGAAAAUAUCGAUGAAAACAGGGCUUCUUCGGACAGUAGCUUAUCUUAUAAACAUUUCUUCGACGAAGAUAACAGUACAAUAAAGCGUAUUGAAGUUCCGUUUAAUUGCAUGGCCAAUAAUACGCAUGAUGUUGAGUAUACGGAAUCUUCGGCUAACGAUUUCUCUUCCAAAUAUUUCGUCGAUGACAAUAACGAUCCAGAAGAGCAUGCUGAAAAUCUGGAUGUUCAUUUGAGCAAAACCAACCAAUGUUUUGUAGAGAACCACAGUGAUGUAAUAAAAUGUGCCAAUGCUUCGUCCGUGAAAGCAAAAAUUAUGCGUACAGGUAACGAGGUGCAGGACGUUAAUGAUGAAAUGAUGAAGAAACGUAGUUUUCCAAAUGCAUCCGGAAGAUUGUUUGAUGAUUUUGACAACUCGGAGGAAUUGAAUUGUUGCUUGAUGUUAGCUAAAACGAGUAAUGAAUUGUAGACGAGCGAAGAAAUACUUGGAUGUUUUUUUCUUUUUUUUUUUUGUUUUUUGAGAGAGAUGUUAAGUUUUCAUAAAUUAUACGUAUAUAUGAUUAUAUGUAAACGAUGUGAAUGUACGACUUUCGGGACGUUUAUCGGUGAAAACACGUCCACUUUCCUUUAUUGAAAUUAUUCAGUCGUGUAUGCAUUGCGGAGUAUUUAUUACUAUUGUUGCAGCAUUGAGUAUUAUAUUUGAAUGAUGUAUUGCAUUAAUAAUACAAUUAAAUUAAUGAUCUAUUAUAUUAAUGAUAUAUUAUAACGAGAAAGUUAUAGAAGUGAAAGAACUUGGACGCGUGUACAAAAUCCAGCAUAAUCGAUCGCGCGUGUGCGCGCGUGACAAUUGUUUGUACAAUAAAAGUGACGAGAAAAAUUA